AUGCGAUGGGUGGAACCGUACUCGUACUCGGAACGCGAAUCUCAAUUAAGCAAACAACAAUCGACCAAUGCUCCCGACACAGAUGUGUUUUCUGAAAUCCGUCGAUUUAUUGUCGUCCAUGAGAGCCACGGAGCGUCGCAAUGCGUCCCUAUUCACACCUACGGUGGGAGAGGAGUGCGCAAGUGCAAUAUCAAGAUUGAGGACCAUGCAAGAGUCUUCCGAUAUGACAGCGAACUCUCGACCCCGCCCUCGGAGCAGCGGCUGAGAGAACCGAUCGGGGUUGUGAUUGAUAAAAGCAGUGAAUUCCAGCGAUUUCAUCCUGAAUCUGUGGCAAAUUUUGGAAAAGUCUACACCGUGGAACAUGAUGUCGCAGUAGCCAAUAUUGGAUAUGUUGUCAGGGCUCACAAUUAUCGUUUACAGCUCAACUGGGUCUCGCCUCGCAGCCAAGCCACCCUCACGGCUCCAGGCAGCUUGAGAGUUAAUGAGACUAUCGACUCAGCACCUCCAUUGACAAGUUCCGAAACCAUUUCACCCAUCUCGGAUACCACAUUCGAUCUGAACAAUAUUUCUGAGAAAAGCCAAAAGCAGCCAACGGCUGAACCGGCGACUGACUAUGCAGUGCUCAUUUUAUGCGCACUCUCUUCUGAGAUGACCGCAGUAAGGGCUAUACUUGAUGAGGAAAGACAUAUGUCUGUCAAUGACCAGCAUCAGUCCGACCACGAUGAUAUAUUGGGCCGUCUGCUGAAUCACAAUGUCGUCCUUGCCAAGAGACCUGCAGUAAUGUUUGGUUCAGAAGCCAUCGGCGGGGCGGUUCAGGAGACAUUGCAGACUUAUUCACUGAUCCGCGUCGUAUUGGUGGUCGGAACUAGGAAGGGAUGGAUGCCACAAAGACGCAGAGACGGGCCUGGUGAGGAAGGCAUCAAUCUGAUUCCGUGGGCAAAAGAUCAAGUAGAGCGAUCAGCAGCUUUUCGGUCCACAAGGCAUGCCAGGCCGCCAUCUAACGUGUUCAUAAAGGCUCUGAGUCGAUUGCAAGACCGACUAGAAUGGGGAGACAAUCAGAUUGGGCGUGAACUAUCUGAGAUACUCAAAAAGUACCCAGACAUCAGAAGAAAAUAUGCGUCUCCCCGGCCAUUCACCGAGCUUCCAGCUCAACAAGAUUGCGAUCAUUUUGCUCUAAAAUGUGAAGAGAGCGGCUCUUUACAAAUCAUAUCACAAAAGGGUGGAGGAGCCGAAGCACCCGGAAGUCGCCAGAGCAGCAUCGGUUUAGACGGUCAAAUCAGCAAUAGUGUGGCCGAGUAUUCGCUAUGCAAAGAGCUCACUGUGUCUUGCUCAGAGGAAGAGGGUGCUGGGACAAUGUUGGAUUUCUCAUUUCUAGAUAUACAAGGGAUAUACGACCAUUUCGAUUCUUACAAGAAGAACCAGGGAUGGCAGGUCAAUGCUGCUGCUGCGGCCGCGGCAUACACAAAGGUGCUUCUAAGUACUAUAACAACGGAAGACGUUCGACAGGAGAAGCUUGUUUUGCAAUCAGAUUCGUAUGAGAUGGACGAAGAGCAGACUGAAUGCCAUCGAGUACUGAAAACUUCAAAUUAUGAAAAUUUUAAGGACCUGAACGCGAGCCGAGUUUCGAACACUUGCGAGUGGUUUCUGGAUCGCUCAGAAUAUAAGGAAUGGCUACAGAGCUCCCAAGAUUUACUAUGGUUCUCAGCAGAUCCAGGUUGUGGGAAGUCCGUGUUAUCGAAAUAUCUCGUCGAUCACAAACUUCAAAAUACAGAGAAGAACAUUGUGUGCUACUUUUUUUUCAAGGACAAUACAAAGCAGGAUCGCCUUGCAGUAGCUUUAUGUGCUCUUCUGCAUCAAUUCUUUCACUACCGGCCACAGCUUCUCCGAUUCGCUAUGGAUGCGUUUAGGAAAAAUGGCGAAAAACUACAGAAUGAAGUUGAUGAGUUGUGGAGAAUAUUCAUCACAUCUGCUAAACAUACUUACUCAAACCGGGUUAUUUGCUUUCUGGACGGUCUCGACGAGUGUCGAGAAGAUGAUCAAAAAAAGCUCUUUCAAUUGCUUAGGAGCUUUUAUAACACACCCGAGCCAGUUAAAAGUCCCCAACUAAAGUUUUUUAUCACUAGCCGACCUUACCUGGACAUCGAAUAUCUAUUUCGUGAGCUUCCGUCGAUUAGAUUAGCUGGUGAAAAAUGCAACGACGCUAUCGGUGCAGAUAUCAAUCUCGUGGUUAAAGACGAGUUGUGCAAACUAAACCUUAGACCAGAUGUGCAAGACAUGUUGGAAAUCCGUCUUAUGGCACCAUCAAAUCGAACAUAUCUGUGGGCACGCCUUAUGUUGGAGGACCUUCGGGACCCCAGACAUAAGCAAACCAAGAAGGGGUUUGAAAAGGCUCUCAGGUAUCUUCCGAAACCAUUGGAGGUGGAAUAUGAGAAAAUUCUUAGCCGUAUCAACCAUAGCCGUCGACACAAAGCCGACAUCCUUCUUCGGAUUGUAGUGGACGCUUACCGCCCUCUCACGCUCUCAGAACUGGACGUCGCCUUCGAAUUGGCAGCAGGGGGCCAAGACGCCCGAACACAUGACGAUCUCGACCUUGAUCUGGAUGAGGAUUCCAUAGCAUCUCGACUACGAGAUCUCUGUGGGCUUUUUAUUUAUAUAGACGACUCCCGAAUCUUUCUCAUACACCAGUCGGCGAAGGAAUAUCUUGUGAACACCUACUAUCCUCGUCUUGCGUUAGAUAAGUCCUGGCCAAAUUUUCAAGUCCUACUAUCACCGAACGAGCUUCUAGUCGAUAUAUGCGUUCAAUAUCUCUCUUUAGAAGAUUUCAACUAUAAUCUUCACCAUGUAGAGUCUGGUGCUGACGACAAGGAGAGUGCUUAUCCUUUCUUGGAGUACUCUGCCACAUAUUUGGCAAAUCAUUUCCGCCAAGCAACAGUGGACGACGACAAGUUGUCGCCACGUAUCUAUGAGCUUUAUAAUAACCACAGCCAAAGGUUCGAAAACUGGUAUCGAAUAUCUCAGGAUGCCAAUGCCUUCAAGGGCGCGCCAAACACAUCUCUGCAAUUAGCGGCAUUCAGUGGCCACCUCAGAAUGGUUUUGCAUUUGCUAGAGGCGAAAGAAUUUGAAAGAGACACAGAGCAUGGGAAUAUGUGCAAAGCCCUGUAUUGGGCAGCCCUGGGAGGCAACGAACAGAUCGUAAGCAUCUUAAUUGAAAAUGGAACAGAUGUCAAUGCAAGGAUCAGUGAGCCAACACUGGUAACACCAAACGGGGAGUGCGAGAAGCUGAAGUUCAUGCUACUUGACAGCGGCGCAGAUGAUAUUUCACGCUCAUUACUCACUGCCUCUUCAGAAGACUACAUGGGGAUUUUGCAGCUUCUUUCCGAGAACUGUACACAUUGGAACGAGCACGCAGACUUCUCUCUUUAUGCUCUCAGCCAGACAUAUGCAGGAUACCAGAGAAGCCAUGGACGUCUUUCCCUUGAUUAUCAAGAUACCACUGCACAUUUCGCUUUCUAUGGCAAUGCACUCCAGGCUGCAGCUCAAGGAGGUUAUACAAGUGUCGUGCAGCUCUUACUUGAUCGAGGUGCAGACGUCAAUGUACGCGGCGGUUACUUUGGAAAUGCUCUUCAAGCUGCAGCUCGAGGAGGCUAUUCGAGUAUUGUAGACCUUUUACUUGACCGAGGUGCAGAUAUCAAUGCGCCUGGCGGAUUCUAUGGGAAUGGCCUCCAGGCUGCAGCUAGAGGAGGCCAUAGGAUCAUUGUAGAGUAUUUGGUUGAUGAAGGUGCGGAUGUCAACGCAUCUCGGGGCUUCUAUGGUACUCCUCUUCAAGCUGCAGCCAGAUUAGGCCACAAGACGAUUGUUCAGCUUUUGAUUUCUCGAGGCGCGGAUGUCAACGCACAAGGUGGACUAUACGGCACCGCGCUUCAGGCUGCUGUUACAGGCGGCUAUGAAGAUAUUGCAAAUCUUCUGCUUGAUAUGGGUGCACAUAUCUAUGCAGAAGGUGGCUUUUACGGUAAUAAUCUUGAGGCUGCUACUCGAGCAAGUCACCAAAGGCUCAUACAGCUCUUUCACAGGAGGGGUUUCUACGUUACUCAGGGUAGUCAUGGUCACGCCAGUUAUGGAUCAUCUUUCGAGAGAUCCAUUAGCACCAGCGCAGAUAGGCCGGCGGAUGGCAAAAAUCUUUCUGUCUGCGCUGUCUCGGCUACAUCCGAUGAUGGUGGUGAAGAAAAUCUUAUGAUGUGUGGCCACGAGCCAUCUCAACCCCAUCCCGCUUCCUCUCCUCAUCGACGAAGCGAUCAUACGUCCAGGCCACCUAAAAAGCGCAAAUGUCUCUCUUGA